AUGUCCACCCAACUCGAUGCCGUUUCCAUCGCUCGUGUCUCCUUACACGAUGCUAAGCACUUCAACAUCCAGCUCUCCCAAACCGUUCACCGCCUGGCAAUCCUGCAGCACUGGAAUAUUCCUGUCGGCUCCAGGGUCCUGGAACUAGGAUGCGGUCAGGGUGACUGCACGACUGUUAUUGCCUCCGCCGUGGGCGAGGAAGGGGCCGUGGUUGCGGUCGAUCCGGCCGACCUGGACUAUGGCGCUCCAUACACUCUGGGCCAAGCACAGAGUCACAUCUCUCAAGGCCCUCUAGGUAGCCGGAUUACCUGGGUCCAGCAACCGCCCUUGGACUACCUCUCCUCCCUCUCUUCCACCAGUGAAAGCGAGACCUUGGACGCAGCAGUACUCGCCCACUGCAUGUGGUACUUCGCGUCCCCCUCAGUCAUUGUCUCUACCUUUCGCGCCCUCAAGCAGCACAGCAAGCGUCUACUCCUGGCGGAAUGGUCGUUAGUUGCGACGGACCCCUCUGCGCAGCCUCAUGUGUUAGCUGCCCUCACCCAGGCGGCGUUAGAGUGUUGCAAAGAGGAUAGCGAGUCCAACGUGCGCACGGUGCUGGGGGCUAAGAGGCUGACCGAGCUGGCUCUGGCUGCCGGGUGGCAGUUGGAUACUGAGGCCUUGGUGCAAUGUGGCGAGGGCCUGUUGGACGGGCAGUGGGAAGUCGGUACUUGCCUAGGUUCCGAUUUCGAAAGGGAGGUGGAGGAGCAUGUGAGCGAUGAGAGGGAGCGGGCUGUGGUCCUUGCAUCGCGGGAUGCGUGCGAGGCGAGUUUGAAGGGUGUACAAGGGGGUCUGAAAGGUGUUAGGUCUAUGGAUGUUUGGGUUGCUGGUUUCGUCUAA